GACAAGGACAGAGAAUGACGAUAUUUUUAUUAAAUAAAGUUCACAGGAGAGAUUUUAUCUUGUUCAUAAAUGGAAUUUAUGUUUCUCAGACCAUUGAAAGCGAGGAUGUUUGUUGAACUUUUGUCAUGCAACUAGUAUUCACCUUUUGACACCUUAUUUUCCAGAAGUUUUACAAUUCUGAUUAUUAUCUACUCGGUGCAUUAAAAUCAUAAACAGGAACAAUUUCUAUAAUUUCGUGACCUUGUUGAACUUUCAACCAGAUGCAACAUGUCAAAUUCAAAUUCAAUCUAUCGCAGGUUCGUUAUGAUUCGUGCAGCAUCUGUUUUAUUUAUCUUUUGUUGACAUACGAUGCGAGAUAAUUGUUAUAAAUAUGGAUAAACACUGAAUUAGCACCUUUGUUACAUUUAAAAUUUAAAUUUACCAUAGUGACUUUUCGAUCUGUCAUUUGGUGAUACUAGCCAUACUAGCGAUAUGUUGGUAGCAACGCCUGUGGACAGUUUGGCAUUUUGUGAUGUGAGUAUUUGUUAAAAAGUUUUUUUAAUAGUAUAAUGGUACAAAUCAUAAAAACAUAGCUGCCGUUCGGAUAUUUCUGUAAUAAGAGGCCAAAAGUAAACGAUAGAAGUAACUGUGCAAUGUCCUGGAAGCCAAGAAUAGCCUGUAUGCGUCUCUUCAAAUUUGGUUAAGAGAUGAAAAUAAAAACUAAUGGAAUGCAAAUAAAAACAUUAGAACAUAUGUGAUGUGAAACAUAAUUUAGUGGUAUUAAAAUAAAUGGAAUGACUGUAAACAUAUAGUGUCGAUCUCAGUGAGGCUAAGAUUCUGAUAUCGCUAAAAAUCGUUGUAGUGUAUGGAUGUAGUGAUAGCCCAGUAUGAAACCCAGGAAAGAAGAGGAAGCUACAGUUAAGAAAGAACCCACUGGAGGCAACAUCACUAAAAAUGGAGGCAUUGUUGGUUCAACUAAUACUGGCUCAAUGCAGACAGCCUUAGAAUGUAAGCCUGAGACUCAUACAGAGGACUCUGUAACUACGACUUGUGUGGAUACGAACUCUUUACCCCUAAAGCAAGAAGACAGUAUAGAUGGCGAGUUAACGGGCGAUGCAUUUGGCCUGGGGCUGCCAACACCUGGAGGAGGGCCUCAUCCAGCCCCUCCCGAAGGAGUGCAGCCCCUGGCCAGUAACGUUAUCAAUAAGCAACCUAAUUCGAUGGAAGUGCACUACAUGCAGCAGCAAAGUCAAAUAUUUGUGUUCUCUACCAUGUUGGCCAACUCUGGGGCUGAAGAGGUAUUACAAGGAAGGUACCCCUCGAUAAUUGCCUACCAUUGUGCCCAGCCUGGUACCAAAAAGUACUUAGAAAAGAACCCGCUCAAGGUGACCCAGUUCAACCGUCAAACUCCAGGACAAUGGUUGAACAACCUGGCGAUGAUGAAGCACAAAAGUUGCACUCGCAGUCCAGGUCUAGGUCCAAAACCGACUCCCCCUGCAUUGGACAACUUUCUCGGUCCUGACAGCCUGGACGACAUGGUGGGCCUAGAUGAUGCUGGCAUACCAUGGGAUCAGAAAAAUAAUCAUCCUUUGGAAGGCCUCGAUGCCGCGAUCUCGAAUGGCCUUCCAGAUGUUGUGCCUGACAUGGACGCAUGUAGUCCUUCUUUAGCUAAUGUUCAGCCCUCUUUACAGGGCGUUAAAGUGCCUGACGAGAAUUUGACCCCGCAACAGCGGCAGCAUCGCGAAGAACAACUGGCGACGAUACGCAAGAUGCAGCAGAUGCUGUUCCCCGAGAGUCAGAGCAUGGAGGGGGGUCCCGGUACCGGCCAGGGGCAGAACCCCGCGGGCCCGGGCAGUGCAAUCGGAGAUCCGGGAGGCGGGCCACCCGGUAGCGGACCUCCUCCCGCAGGCAAUGUUGACUGGCAGAAACUGCACCAGUUCUACGAUAAACAAGGGAAGCAAGGACUCCAGCAACCUGGGGGACCCCCGCCCCCGCCUGGAGGAGGGCCACCUUUAGUUCCAGUCGGGCCGAUAAGCGGUGGUAGUGUUGGAGGCAACGGUCCUGGUUCAAAUAUGCCUCCAGGACGUGGAGGCAGUGGUGCUGCUUCUGGUAAUGCCCCAGGGGGUAACCGCUUGCAAGGGCCUCCUCCCCCCUAUCAUCAGACACAACGAUCAGCUAGCGUUCCGAUAGCGUUACAGAGCCCGAAUCCCGCGUCGCCGAACAACCCCACGUCGAAUCUGUCGUUGCCUUCCCCAAGAGCAUCGUCUUCUUCGGCACUCAACUCUCCUGCAGACCCCAACAGACCACCGCCCUUUGGUCUACAAAGGCACGUCAGCACCGGACAGAGUCCGACGUCACAGAGUCCGAACCCCGCGUCGCCGAACAACCCCACGUCGAAUCUUUCGUUGCCAUCCCCAAGAGCAUCGUCUUCUUCGGCUCUCAACUCCCCUGCAGAUCCCAACAGACCACCGCCCUUUGGUCUGCAAAGGCAUGUCAGCACAGGACAGAGUCCGACGUCACAGGACUCGCCUACAGCGUCUUCGAGACAUAACCACAGUAAUCCUGGCACGCCACUGUCUUCGCACCUCUCCCCAAGUGUAACGAGUAGUACCACUGAGCCCACUUCUACUCAUCAGUCUUCAGUAGACGGCAUAUUCGGCCGGACAUUGCAAUCCAUGGCACAACAGAAGCAACAAAUCAGCACAUCAACGGCCACAUGUACAACAACCCCGACCAGCGGAGCGGUUAAAGAGCCUAACUUGAUGCCGGUACCUUCUCCGCAGCAGAUCCAAUAUCUCAACACCUUCGAAGGGCAAGAGUUGAUCAUACAGAAACAGCCGAAUACAAGUUUGAAAGAUGGAAAUAUCAUCUCGCCGCCCGUCUUACCAACAUCAAUGGACAGUGGUUUUCCAGGCCCAACCCCAGAUCUUCCACAUGCAAAGGUAUCAGGGCCUAACACGCCAACGUCAAUGGAUGUUGGGACAAGGUUUCCUCCUACCCCUUCAGAUGGAUGUCGCUUCCAAAUUUCCAGUCCCCAGACUCCGACUGCCACUUCAACAGGGGAUAAGCCUACAAGACUUCCUAAUACAGCUGGAGCUCCUGGUCUGAGUCCUCAAACCGCGGUACCUGGAGCGUCCUCUGAUCCUUUAAAAACUGAUCUCUUCCCUACUCCCAGUCCACACAUGAUGGACGUACCUCGUUUCGCAGGACCAAACGCCUCCCCUGGUGCUAAGAUGGGAGGGGGGUUCGUGAAUGUAUCUCCUCAAGGAAAGCCUAUGGAUAUGCCUAGCUACGGUUGCGCUAGAGGCGACAAUAUCCCUUUGAACCCCAACUGCACGAGCGCGAUGACAAACAACCCCAAGGUGUCCCAUUUCGACCCCAUAUCCUCUUUGGCUCAGAUGAGUCAACAGUUGACGAAUAGCGUGGCGAGUUCCUUGAAUGGACAAAGCAAUCAAGGUCCAUCGAUGAUGAAUUUUGGAUCUCCUUCCAUGCAUAUGAUGGACAUGGGCGGGUGUCACGGUAUGGGCGAUAUGGACCAAGGUACCGGUAACAUGAUGGGUAUGCCCAUGCAAGGACCCCCACACGGUUUCCAUCCCAAUUCUCCCAUGGGCCCGAUCCGCUCCCUUUCUCCUAAACUGCCAGGUGCCUUCCCGAAUCCCAUGCCUAUGCCCAGGAUGAUGGGACGUCCUCCAGGACCAAACCAUUACAAUGGAGCCAACGUUCAAGUGAAGCCAAACGCACCAAACACGAUACAGUACUUGCCGGCUAAAUCUCAAGUAGGUCAACCUCCGGGUCCGAGAGGUCCGCCUAGUUUAGAAUUUCUAACUCGAUUAGCAACGCCGAUGAACAUGAUGGACCCCAAAAUGCAGCCCCAAAAUAUGCAAUACUUCGCAGCGUGCGGUCCCAAUAAUGGCCCGAUGCAGGGCGGACCCAUGCCGCCUCACAUGGGGCCUAUGGACGGGCCGAUGUCCCAAGACGGAGGCAUGGGACCCAUGGGCAUGGGAGGCCAUCUAGGCAACGGCUCUGGUCCCAUGGGUCCGAUGGGCGGGAACAUGGGCAUGCCUGGCCCCGUGCCCGGUCCAGGUGGCAUGAUGCCGAUGAUGCGUGGCGGUCCCAUGCGCGGCCCCAUGGGAAUGCGCAUGCCCCAGAUGGUGUUCAACGGUCCCCCAGGCCCCGGAGGAGACCCGAUGUUCGGACCGGGUGGCGCUCCUCAAGGCCCGGGCGGGCAGAUGUUCGUCAGUGGUCCGAAAGGCAGCCCCAUGGGCAUGCCCACCCCCGAUGCCACUCAGCCACUGCCCCCUUCGAUGGGCCAGAAUAGCAGCUUUAAGGGUUCGCCCUUCGUCGGCCCGUCUACGGCUGAUCCGAACUACGCGCAGCAGUUCCACAACUUCCAGCAGCAGUUGUACGCGACAGGUACCCGCAGUCAGAUGGGCAGUCAAGCGAUGGGCCCUGGCCCCGGGCCCCCGCAUAUGCAACAGCCACCUUACUUCAAUCCUAAAUAGCAAAUAUGGUGCUGAGUGCAGAGUGAUUGAUAUGUUAACAAUAAAAUUCUACAUUAUAUA